AUGCAAGCAUACAAACGGCCCGCAACAGCACCCUCCUUGGCCGGGCCCUCGAGCGCCGCCGACGACACCGAGCCGCAGCCGCGGCGGGAACCCGACACCGACCUGCAACACUCCGACCCAAUAGAGACGUACAUGUGCGACACCUGUGCACAAUUAUUUAGGAAAAAACAUUCUUUAAUUCGCCAUAUCAAAGCACAUCUGCGAGCAAAUCCAAAGAUGUUACGAAUACACUCCGCCAAAAAGGUAUUCUUUUGUGAAAUAUGUCACAAACAGUUCUUUCAAUCGGGCCACUUCAACCGCCACAUACGAACACACACGGCCACCAAACCGCACGCUUGUAACAUCUGUAAAAAAGAGUUUAUGAGAAUGGACUGUUUAGAAUUACACAAACGCAUCCACACUGGACAUAAACCAUACUCGUGCAAGUUCUGUGAGAAGAAGUUCACGCAGUCACAUAACUUAACGAGACAUAUCAGAAUACACACUGGCGAGAAGCCGUACGUCUGCGAUAUAUGCUCGAAGAGGUGUUCGCAAUCAGGCGACUUGAAGAUUCAUAAACAGAUUCACGAGAUUGAUGAGAAGUAUUCGUGCGAUUUGUGUAACAAAAGGUUUAAGUGGAAAUCAACUUUGAACAAACAUAGACGGGACCACGUCAGGAAGAACGCUCGGGACAAAUCGAAAAAUACUUAA